CAACUCAAUGACAGGGCUGCAACACAGAACAGGCGGACAUUUAAAGAUCCAUGGCAUUCCAGAUCCAAGUAUCUCUUCCUGUUCCAGUUCCAAUAGGACCUAAAAAAACAGACCCCCUAAUAAAAUGCAUCAUAGAGAAAAAGGCAGAGAGACUUCGCAAGUGUAUAAGAGGCAGAGAUAUUAAUGGACUGUACUCUUGUGAGGACCAGAAUGAGGAUAUCACACUUUUAACUGCAGCAGUCAUAUGCAGAAAUGAAGACAUCUGCACUUAUCUGCUUGGAGAGGGAGCUGAUCCUAACAAACACUCCACGAAUGGAAAAACUCCUCUACAUUAUACUGCUUUUACAGCUGGAGUUCCUCUGAGUAUUGUGAAAAGAUUACUUGCAGCAAAAGCUAACCCUAAUGGACAUGUGCUACAAAGGUUUACCCCACUGCAAUGUGCUGCUGAUUUUGGCCGUGAAGACAUUGUGAAGGCACUUUUAGAAGCUGGAGCUUCACCUGAAAGAAACUAUGGGAGAUAUCCACAUGUUGACAAAAAAGUCAAGGCAAUGAUUUAUCAAUUAUCUUCACAGAGUGACGAGUACAAGAAAGUUAGUUUAUUUUUCUCUCUAUCUGAUGCUGUACCAUUGAAAAAUCAGACAGAAGUAUACAGAAUCUAUAAGGAACAUUUCCUUCAGGAACAUCCGUUCAUUCAUAAGCUUCUGUUUGAGAUGUAUUUUGGUGUCAUUGGUCCAGGUGCAGAGCAAUAUCGUCAGAGCGCCAUCAAGUGGUUAAAAGACACAAAGAGUGCAGACCGAUACAUCGAAGGAGUCAUCAAGCGCUUCCCAAAAAUCCCUCAGGAACACUGGCAGGAUGCACUAAACUGCAUAUAUGCAGCUUUGUGUGUCAGUGAAAGUGUUUCUCCUCAGGUUUUCAGUGAGCUUGUGCCAAUUCUAACGAAUAGUUUUGAGCACUUUGAAAACAUGCAAGGAGAAAUAAUAAAUCAUCUCAUAUUGAUUAUACUUAAUGUCAUGAUGCAGAAGACGUCUCACCAACAAAGCAGUGCAAACUAUUUGAUCUAUGAGAACUUAUGCAAAAGCCUGCUGCCUCUUACACAUCCUGAUUACUCGGGUAGGAUUAGCGUUUGGGCCUAUGGACUCUUUGUCUAUGUAUAUGAAAUUGCUCCUGAACUUGUUGGAUUCACCUCCAUCCCAGAGACGAUACUUAACACUGCAGAGCUCGAGAUGGAUGAAGUCAUGAAAAAAAAGCUGCAAAAGUUGGAUGAAUCACUGAGACAUCCUGCAAAUUCAAGUGCAGUGGAGAGUUUAUGCGAGGAAGCUGUGGCUUCAUCAAUGCACAGGAAGAAGAAAAAGAAGAAGAAGAAAGUCCAGCAAGAAGUGGGAUCACAAGAAUGUAAGCUUCCAUUGAAAGAAGAAUCUUUUUCAGGCACUGGAUUGAAACCCACUGAAGAAUCCAACUCAAGUGUACAGCCCUUCAUACAGCCUGCUGCUGAGAACCCUAGUAUCUCAAAAAGGUGGCUUCAAACCAGUCGUCGUUGGAGGCCCAAUCUUGAAAAGCUAGCUAAUAUGGACAUUUAUAAUACUUACAGGCUGGGGAAUCUUACUCUUGUACUUAGCGAUGAAUUUCAAAUUGCUAAAGGAAGUGAUGGAACUGAAGUUUUCCUUGGAUUGAGGGACGAUGGCACAGAGGUGGCUGUGAAACGAAUGAUUAAGUCUAACUAUCAAGCCCUCAGGAAUGAGGAGGAAUUUCUACGACUUCCAGAACUUGAAAGUUCCUCCAUUGUGCGAUAUGUGGACUUUGCAGAAGAUGCCCAUUUUGGAUACCUUGUUCUUCAGCUUUGUGAGUACACACUGGAGGAGUAUAUCCAAGAUCAUUUACCAGAAGAUGAAGAUGAGAGAACUUCGGUUCUGAAGAAGUUGGUGAAGGAGGUUCUGUGCAGCUUACAGGUUUUACACGAUCCACAAACCAAAGUCCUCCAUCGGGACAUCAAACCCCAGAAUGUGCUGAUUGACAUAAACGGAAAAGCUAGAUUGGCUGAUUUUGGCAUAAGUCGCAGACUGAACCUAAGUCAAACCACUUUGAGAACAAGCAUUGCUGGGACUAGAUUCUGGAAGGCAACGGAGGCCAUAGAUGAGGAGGGCAACACUGGGUACAAGAGGAGCUCUGACAUUCAGGUUGCUGGGAUGUUAGUGUACUACAUUCUUUCUAGAGGACACCAUCCAUUUGGGAAAGGGAUAUAUUGUGAAAUCAAUAUUUUACAAGGAAGUUACUCACUGGAUCAUCUGGAUGACGAUGUGGCGAAGGAUCUUGUUGAAUGGAUGAUCAAUAAAGAUCCAAACAACAGACCGACGGUGGAGCAGAGCCUUGCACACCCCUUCUUCUGGACUGAUGAAAGGAGGGUCGAGUAUUUGAAAAAAAUUGGGAAUCAGAAUGAGGCGGAGAACUGCCGUAAAGUGGACGAGGAGCUUCUUCAUGCUGUUGAAAAAUUCACUGAGGGAAAAAGCUUUUCUCAAUGGAAGAAUAAAUUUCCGUCUGAACUGGUCCAGAAGCUGGAUGGAAAGAAGAAAGGCUAUCCUGAGAGCACACUAGGCCUGCUGCGUUUUAUACGCAACCUACAUGAGCAUUAUUCAGAAGAUGCAGAGAGCAUCAACCUGAUGGCUUUAUUCCCUGAUCUCUUUGGGAGCGUGUUCAGGUUUGCCAAGGAGAAAGGAUGGCACUCCAGAGCGAGUCUGAAAAAGUUCUUCAGCUCCGUUCAACAGAUUUAAUUCUUGUUGUAUUUGGUUAAAGCAGGUACAUUGAUACAGGUUUCAU